AUGGAAGUCGUCUUCAGUGUGGAUUGCUCCUGCACAGCACCAGGCGAAAAUGUCUUCAUCGUCGGAUGCUGCAAGGAGCUCGGCAAUUGGAACCCUUCAGAGGCAGUGCCCUGUUUCACAUCCAGCGCGGCGUUUCCGCGUUGGACGUCCAAUGCUGUGAAGCUGCCAAUCGGCAGCAGGAUGGAAUUCAAGGUGGUGAUCCGUGGCCACCACGGCUGGCGCUGGGAGCAUGGCGAGAACCGACUCCUGGAGGUGGAGCUCCCGAUGGAUCCAGAGGCGAAGAAGCUUGUGACCAUGGCGUUCGGGCAGCAAGGCAUCAAGGAUGUAGAUGCCGUUGAAUCCGAAGAAGCAGCAACUCAUGUUGCUCAAAAAAGAUUGCCCAAAGCCUUGGGCGAGGAGCGGACCGAACUGCCCACGUUGCCCAUGCUGCUGGGCCAGCCGGUGCAGCCCGAGAUCAAGGUCGGGGCCGGGCUGCAGGCCAUGGCGAGCUGCGAUCUCGUCAAGCCGCCAAAGGCGGCCUCGCCCAGCGCGGGCGAUGUGGAGGGGGCGCCGGCGCUGCAGCAGAGCCGUUUCCAUCUGCGGCCCAACAUGCAACAAGUGAUUUCGGAGCACGGCCCCAACGGGGAGGAGCCGGUGAUGAAGGCCGCCGAGAGCUGCACUCCGGAGCAGCACGAGACGUACAUCCAGUUGCACGGCACCCUUGCGGCCAUUCGCAAGGCAAAGCGUCGCCUGCAGCUGUUCGUCUCGAAGACGUUCAUCUGCACGUUCAAGAUGCCAACGCCAGAGGCAACAGCAGCGGCCGGCCGGAUGCUGGGCAAGGUGCCGUGGGUAUGGGACGUCAAGCUCCACGGGCACAACCUGCUGCGACUGAACGCCCACGAGGCUAGCCUGGAGCAGGUCUUCGCUUCAAUGACUUCAUUUUCGAGCUACGCUGAACUCCGUCGCCGAGACUCGCCGGGCAGCCAUCGCAGCAUCCGUUGUUUUUCGGCCUGGCGCGCUGCAAAGUAG